AUGUCUUCCAUAACAAACGAUCUUGUUCUUCCUCGCCCUGGCGCAGAAAUCUCACCACAAGAGCCCAUUCCAGGGCCUUCGGAAGAAUCAUUCAUCGAGGCAUUCGGAGCCCUCCUCCCACCUGCCAAGUUUCUCAAAACUGCCCACGGCAAAGUUGCUUAUUAUGAAACCCUCCCUGCAGUGUCCGAGCGGCCAAUCGAUCACGUACUUUUCGUACAUGGCGUCCAGACCCCAGCACUAGGCAUGCUUCCUCUCACCCGCGCUCUUCAAAAGUCUUUCCCUCAUGCGCAUCUCGUUUUGGUAGAUCUCUGGGGCCAUGGGCUGACUGACACGCCUAUUCUGCCCCAUGAACCAUCCUUGUUCCAUCAAUUGAUCGAUGAUUUACUUGAUCAUUUACAGUGGUCGUCGGUUCACCUUGUUGGGUUCUCUUUUGGUGGAGCUACCACUGUGAGCUAUGUUGUAGCAAGACCAGCUCGUGUCCAGAGUUUCACCCUCGUCGCUCCAGCUGGUCUUCUCCGUUUCUCCGAGUUUACGCCCGAAGAACAAUCUUACCUCCGCGGCGGCGAUGAACAACGAGCGAGGAAAUGGAUUCUAGAAUUCCUUGAGGGGGGUGAUCUUGUUGUGCCCCAUGAUUGGAAAGAAAGAGUAGCAAAUGGUGAUGUCGUAGCGGAAGCAGUGAGACAUUGGCAGAUGCGAGAGCAUCCUGGGCACUUGGCCUCUGUGGUGGCAGUUUUUAGAGAUGGCGGUGCGAUGGACUCACAUCUGCAAUUCUCCAAAGUGUCUCAGUUGGGAAUACCAAAUCUUGCGGUGCUGGGCGAACUGGACGAUCUGGUCAGCGUACAACAACUCGAGGAGCAUGGUUUCAAAAAUGUCUUUGUUGUUUCUGGGGCUGGUCACGGAGUGGUCAGGGACAAAGUGGAUGAAGUGGCAGCUCUAAUUGGUGAUUUCUGGAGAAGACUUGUCACUGUUAUUGAAAAUCUCGCUCAGUUCAGAGACAUCCUCCAAAGUCACCAAAAUGUCAUCAUUGACUUCUGGGCAACAUGGUGUGGUCCUUGCAGGAUGAUCAGCCCGAUAUUCGAAAAGCUAUCCGAUUCUGAUGCCAAAGUCAAUGUUUUCUUUGCCAAGGUCGACGUAGACCAGGCUGAAGAUGUUUCUCAGGAAUAUGGGAUUCGCGCCAUGCCCACCUUUAUGGCUUUCCAGAACGGGGAAAAAGUCGACGAGGUUUUGGGAGCGGAUCCUUCCAAGCUUGAACGACUUAUCGCGAGCCUGUCUUAG